AUGACCUUCCAGACACAAAAGGAAGAGUGUCUUAGGACAACACGGCUCAUCAAGGAACAAACCAAACUCACUAGGAAUUUGAUCAAAAAGGAUUUUGAGCAGAUGCAUCACUUCCUGCGGCUGGAGGAAUCGGCACGGAUCUCGAUGCUGGAAGAUGAAGCAGAGAUGAAAUGUGAAAUCAUGCAGGAGAAACUGGAGGAUCUCAGCAAUAAAAUAGUCAGCUUCUCGGACACCAUCCAAAACAAAGAGACAGAUCUAGAAAGGGAAGAUAUCCAGUUCCUCCAGGCUUAUAAAAGCUACACAGACAGUGUUCCUUACAAUCCUCAAGACUCCAAAGUUUUAGUGCCAGAUUCUCUUGUAGAUGUCGCUAAACACCUGGGAAACCUGAAGUUUAAAGUGUGGGAGAAGAUGUUGGGACAAGUGCAGUACAGUCCCAUAAUAAUGGAUCCAAAUACUGCAGCGAAAUGGCUAAAACUGUCUGAGGACUUGACCAGUGUACAUUACGGAGAGUUACAGUCAGACAUCCCAGAUAACCCAGAGCGUUUUGACCUCUGUGUUUGCGUUCUGGGUAACGAAACUCUCGACGCAGGGGUACACUGCUGGGAGGUGGAGGUGGCGAAUAAGACUAAAUGGGACUUGGGUGUUGUGAUGGAGUCUGUGAGCCAUCAGGGCAUUCUGAAUGUCAACUCCGAAUGUGGAUUUUGGACUCUGGCUUUAAGAGAGGGUGGCCAAUACAGUGCCAGUACAAAACCGUGGACUAGACUCUGCUUGAAAAGAAAACCACAUAGGAUCCGUGUCUGCUUGAACAACAACAAAAAGGAAAUCUCCUUUUAUGACCCACUUGACAUGACUCAUAUCUACACCUUCUCAAGUCUGCCCACCAAAAAGCUCAUUCCUUUCUUCUCUCCAUGUGUGAGCGAGCAGGGCAGUAAUACUGAGCCGUUGAGAGUUGUGCCAGUGAAGGUGGCAGUAACCAUCACUCCAGAACCAACUGACUGAACAUACCAACAUUCUCAAGAUAUCCCAUAGACUUUACAUUAUACAUGUCACAUACAACAAAGUACCAAAAUGACCAUGGCUUUAAUGUAUUGUUUUUGGACU